CUCUGUUACUGUAGUAACGGGUUUAACAGUGCGCUGUGGACCGUUUGGACUUUUACACAUCAAUUAUAGUAGUUCAAUAUCUCAAGAAACUCUGAAAUUCAUCCAGGGUUUACCAUGAAUUACCAUCCUUUCAAUGUGGAUUGGCUGGACUCUAGUCUCCAAGCAACAUUAUUACCUGGGAAACCAUGGCACAAGGUAUGUGAGAAAUUGGAACAUGCUCUUGCUCAUGAACUUGAAGGUCAUUUGAAGGAUCCUGAGCAAAGACAGAUCAUUUUUCAACUACUGGGGAUUCCUUAUGUACAGAAGCACUUCAGCAACUAUACAGAUCAACUCAGUUUACUGCAAACACCCAAUAUGACGGCUACCCAACAUGAGCUUCAACUGCAGAGUACACAAGUUUGGCUACAAGAUCUACUGACAAAAGUAGCCAAACAGUGCGGUUGCCAAAGAAAUCCAGCUGGUGAUUAUUCUGGCCUGUCAUCCGAGAUGAUCAACUUCAUUGAUGACACAAGUAAUCUGGUUUUCAAGGAGAUGGAUCAGCUACUGGCAAGAGAUGAGACAAAACAAAACGAACCUGUCUCCAACUUGGCACAAAGCUGUAGUACGUGGAAGAGCCCACGGGCAGAAUUGAUCAGGUGGUGUCCUAAAUCAGUAGAGAGUAAAGACUUGCACCUGACAAUGCGGCGAGGAUCAGCAUUUCAGUUAACAACAAAUGAUAGGGACAACCUGGAGCCCAAGCUGAAUCUUCCACCACUGAGCAGUAUGCAGAGUGAAAUACUUGGAGGUUCAAUCUGUGCCAUCCUCCAAACAGAUUGUGAACAAAAGCCUGUCAUUUUUGAACGGUUGAGGGGGAAGUUGCUUCCAACAACAUUGAGAAGUUUCACCUGGCUGGAUAAGCUGAUGAAAGUGGACAAACAAAAUCAUGCCAUUACUUCAGUGCAUGUUGAGAAAACUAUUAGAGUGCAAUUUGGGCGGGUAGUUGCACGCAGGGUUUCCGAAUUGAAACUGAAAAGUGCAACGCAAUCUCCUAUUUCAAGACUGGUGGAAAAUUCUGUAGUUGAGAAAUUUGAGAAGACACCCUGCAUGCAGCCAUUUGCCACAAAUGCGCAGAUGAUUCUAGAGGCCAGUAAAGCACUCAACGUACUGUAUGUUUAUGAUGGAACAUAUGAACCCUACCUAAUCUACUGGCUCUUUCCUCUCCAGAUUGCUUUCAAACAGGCAUCAGCAAAGGCUGAACAUCCAUAUGAAUUGGCAAUGUACCUGCAUCUGCUCAUUUGCAAUCUGUUCCCAAGUUGGCCUGAAAUUUUUGGAAUGGCGGAACGAGUCAUGAAUCGUCUCAAAAAAGAAGACUCUGAAAUCUUCACACACCUUCAUUCCUGUUUCGUGAAAAACAUCCAUAUUGAACCCAAGGAAUUCUUACUGGAGCAGAUUGCUUGGGAGAAGACACAGGUUGAGGAAUUGCAUAAUAUUAGACUUGGCUCUGAAGAAUUACCUCGCAUUAGCAAAGAAUUAUUAAGAAAUCCACUAAUUGUCUUCAGGAAAUGGAUGGGAGAGGGUUUUGUCAGCAUCUUGCAUCUGCCAGCGGUGUUGUUGAUCUGGGACCAGCUGUUCAUGCAAGACUGGAAGCUUCAGGUGAUGGAGGAUUUCUGUCUGGCAGUCCUCCUGCUACAGAAGGAAUAUUUGAUGGUGGCCACUGAUCAUCAAAGUUUGAAAGAGGUAUUCCUUGUUCAUGCCAGUCACCUAUAUACAUUAGAUAUUCAAAGAUCUUGGAUUCAUUUGCAACAAGGUGGCCUACCAACUGAUAUCCCUGGAUUGAACCAACUAAAAUUGAGGACUCUGAAAGGAAUAUUCACAAAGAACAACGUGUCAUUGAAAGGUAUCACCAAUGACACGAAUCUUAAAAUCAGUAUUGGUGAGAUCCUUCCUAUUGGACUAAAGAAUAUUUCAGUAAAACUAAUAUUGUUGAAAUCCAUGUCAGAGGUGUGGCGGAAGGACUUUAAUCCCCUUGAUGUGAAGUUAACUGUUUCGAUAUUCUACAAUAACUUGAUAUUGCACUCAAAGACCUCUCUUCGUAAACCAACUCUCUUGAAUAGAAAUGAAGAAAGAACACCCAAGGAGGCAACAAUGAGUGAAAUUGCUCUCAGGUUUGAUGAAAAAUUUGAGUUUGAGCUACUUGAUCCAUCCAUAUUCAAAGUCACGGAUCCAACCGAGGACCAGCCAUAUAUGAUUAUUAGACUGCUGUAUUCUCCCAAUGUGAAAGACUUUGGAGGAGUGACCAUGGGCUGGGUUAAGUUACACACAUUUUACCAGAAAACCAAAGCUACUAGAUUGGUGUGGGCAUCCAAUCCACAGUGUUUGGUCACUGCGUUGCAUCCUGGGAAGCCGCCAGACAAUGUUCUUGAAGGAGAUUCACCUUGCAGCUACACUGAACUUGUCCAACAGGGAUCAGAGAUCACAUUGGCUAUUUAUGAUCCAUUCCUGGAAAAGCAGAGACAGAAAGCCCAGAAAACAGAUGGGGAGAGAGUUUUGUCAUCUGAUGAAUACUUUCUUUCUCGGCCAUGGGUUGCCCAUAAUCCAGCUAUUGCAUUACCACAUCCAACAAUGGUAAAUGAGCCUUUUGAUCUGUACAUUGAUGCAAUACGUUAUAUCCCAGACAAUGCAACCAUUACUAAGGUAAUUGGACGAAUAGUGCAUUCAGGCCACAGAGACCUCCCUGAUAUCUUGGCUUUCCCAGUACUCAAUAGCCCAGCGAGGUGCCCAGAGUUCCACUAUUGCAUGACUAUAAAUGUGAAGGGCAAGGAAACACUAGAUUCCAAUGUGUUAGUUUUGCUUCAAGUGUACACAAUCGAUUUUGAUACAGGUGACCUGGUCAUUAUUGGCAACACCGUGGUUUCCCUGUUCAAUGAAAAUGGAGAGUUAAAUGUUGGAGGAUUCCAACUCAAAUUGAAACAAGGGAUGCCAUCAAAAGAACAGACUCCUCUUAAUGCACCAUCGCUCAAUCACCAACGUAAAGUUCCCUGCUGUACUUUAUUAAUUCGACUUUUACCACACACGCAGAAUCCUGUGCCGCCUCCAGACUAUCUAAGUGGAUUUUACUUCACUGAGGAUGCAAAACCAAGUAAAUCAGAUCUGGAGAUUAUUUCAUCCUUCCAGCAAAACAAGGAGUUCCCAAACUCUGUGGCCGAUGCAACAACACAGUUAAUGACCAAGGAACAAAAAAACAUUCCUCCUGAACAGUGGAUGGCCUGGUACAAGAAAAGAUUAGACAAAAGGAAGCACCUUUUACAUGAGCAACCAUCAACACACCUUAGUUUAGUCCGUAUGGUUCGAUACCACCAACGAACUGGAAUCCAUCUACGAAUUUCUCAGGUCUAUGGCUUGAAAGAAGAUGGCCUUUAUGUGAAUGCUUUUGCCAGAAUUCUGAAAGGAGACAAUGCUUUGCGAGUGCCUGAAACAGCUGAAUCUGGGGGCAGUGAAGAAAAAUUCUUGACCCGUCUGCAUGAUUUUGCCAGCCUUCAGAGAUCACCUCGGUGGAAAGAUCCAACUUGGGUGUUACAUCCAUGUUGGGAUACCCACAGUGUGCUACUUGUCCAGAUAUUCUGUAUCAAUGUUAUCUACAAACCUGAUCCUAGUGGUCAGCAUCCAGGCAAAGUCACAUCACACACAGGAGAGGAGCCAGAACUGGAUGCACUUUUACAGUUGGGGUGGUCAGCCAUUCCUCUUUUUUGUGGUCCAUACGUAAAAACUGGGCUCCAUAGUGCACCACUUUUUCAAGGUGCUCCAGAUGCUGAAUUCCUGAAUGAUGCACUUUCACAUCCUUUACAAUAUGUCAUGGAAAACUGUCUGAAUAAAAAUAUAUUGAGACUUACAAAAGAAUACAGCAGCAUUGCAAUAGAAGUAUGGGAUGGACAUUAUUUUGAUAAUGAGCGUUGUGAUUUGCCGGUUAUUAAUGAUCUUCUCACAAUAGAUAAAAUGAAUAAAUUUCUAAAAGUCCAAUUGAACAAGAAGGGUAAGAACAUGACACAGCUUGUUCUUCAGAAUCUAGAUUGGAGAAUCCAGAAAUCUGGAAGCAAUCACCCUGAGUAUUUACGUGAGGAACAGUUUUAUGAAGAAGCAAUGGCAAAGGCAUUCUACACACUUGUGGAAUCAGCGCAGAUGAAUGCAAGAUUUGACCCUCUCUGAGUGAAAAUUGGAUGACUUGAGCACUUGUAGGUGUGAAGAUAGGGACAGUGACUUACAUAUAUAAAUUUCAUGACUAUGGGAGAUCUGUAAUCUCUUUGGAAACUUUUUUUUAAGAACUACAUCUAAAAAAUUACGCAUGUUUUAUUUUCUCCUGACAGGCUAUCAUUGCGCUUACCCCUUUAAAAUCUUUUUGACAAUUUUUUUUGAACGAAUGAAAGUUUUAGUGAGAAGAUGACAAAUUAAAUGACAAUAGACUUGCUACUUUAUUGACAAGAAUUACCAAUAAUUUUUAGAGGGUAACAUUUCUUGUAAUCUGCUAGUGAAGCACAUACCCCAGCAUAUACUGCUUGGGUCAAAUGGAAUGUUUCUAGGUUUUAUGCCCCAUAUUCUCUCUGUGUUAGGAAUCUGAGAUAUUUGGGAGUGAAAAGCUACUUUCUAGAAACACUGUCUUUUAAUUUUUGUGUUUUGUUUUGAAUUCUGGACUGAAAUGAGAAAAGAACUCUUGAGACCAGAGAUUAAAGGAUUGCUGCCUGGUUUAAAUGCGAGUAACUUGGUACUCAUUGUGAACACUGCCCAGUUGUGAGUUACAGCAGUCAUUGCAGAUGAACUGGAGACGAAGGACUGUGUACAAAUGGAGCUCCGGUUGGCAACAAGAAGCAAAUCGAUUUGUGGACUAGUGACCAGUUACCAAUGACAAAGGUCUUCUGUUUGCUGAUAAUAACAUGAUUGCUUCUCAGGUAGAGGAACUGUUGGUGUUGUUACAGAGAAACUUUUCAGACUACCACCAGCUCAGGUGCUCUAUCUAUUCUCUGCAGUGAAAGCCACUUUAAGCCUUAACAUACCAGUUUAUCUCUCCUUCAGUAGUUGCUAUCAGUUCUGACUUCCAGGCAGUAAAUUUGAGACCUUUUGUCAGUGAACUAGUCACCCUGUGCAGCUUGCAAACCAGUGGAAGCAUCUGGGGAAAAAAAGCGAGAAGCAGCAUUGUGAUCAGCACCAGAAUCAUCUUAACAGAUCCUGCGAACAAUAGUCACUGAACUGCUUUCCCAGUUUUCUCCCCAAACAUAAUACAUGGUUUUCUCCCUGAUGUGACUGAGAGUGCAUGGGGAACUUUAUAAGGGGAUUAGAAUCUCAAUUAAUAGAGUUAUAUGCCGAUGGUUCAUAAUUGUUUACCUAUAGUUACAGUCCAUUUAUUUACAAUAGACAUUCUUUUAAAGACAUUUGAUCCAUGCUUUAUGACAGCUUGGGUCUAAAAGACAGGUCAGUUGGAGAAUUCUGCUGUAUUUCAAAACGUUUUUAAGUCUUGUGACGACUCUGGGAAUAGCAGGGCUUGGUUUGCAGCACUGUACCUUAGUGAGAUGUGACAUUUCACAUGCUGACUUUACUGUCUGUUGAAUAUAAUUUGGAUGGGUGUGGAACUGCAGUUCCUUUUGGAAUUUCUGAAUGAAAGGCCUGAUUAAAAUUAACCCCGUAAUGCAGAGUUUCUGAAGAACUGAAGUCUGACUGCAAGCAGAAGAUGGGGACAUUAUAAGAAUCUUUUAUUUAAAGCUUCAAAAUUUUUUAUUUCAUUUCAUAAAGCAGUGUUGACAAGAUUUUCAUUGGUUUUACCUCAAAUGUUGGGAUAUUUGUUUGGAGGCCAGAAGCCUGCACAGAGAGUCUUCAAUGUUCCUUCCGUUUAGAUUAAUGGAUGAAAAAUCAUGUUUUUUUUAUAGGUUUGCACUCCUUGUGCACUUGGGCACAGACCCAGGAAAAUCUCCUCACAAUAGUGCUAAUUGAGUGAGGCUUGGAAGAAGUAAAUGGGUUGUCUAGAGAAUCAGUAUUAUGAUAAAAUAGACCUAUUCCCAGGCUUGGCUUGUUGGUGGUCAAAAAACAAAGUUGUGCAAAGUUAGUCUUUCUGCCUCUUGUUGACAUUUAAAUAAAUAUUUAAUGCAGGUUCUAAUUUUCGAUCCUGUAUAUAUUUUUUCUUUACAUGCUAUUCCCCCAGAGUGGUGAGCCUGACAUACAAUGGGUGACGUAGACAUUUGUGUUUUAUAGUGGUGGAACAUAAAGAGGUAGACAAGGUGGAGGCUCUAAUUAUUAAUCUCACUAGAGGCAAUAAUAGAGCUUCAACAAAGUCAAGAACUGUGAAAUGUACUUCCAAGCCACGGGAACCUCUCAAAGUGGUAUUUUAAUCCUUAGCCUGUCAACCAACCAUGUUCUGAAUUAACUUGUCUCGAAUAUUCUGUUUGAUAAGUUAUUUAAGACAUUUAUCACCCUUUGCAAGAAUAUCUUUUUGGAAUCUCUGCCAAAAUUACUUUUCAGCCAUUUAUAUUUAUGGCACAUGGUUCUGCUACACUGCCUUAUCUUAAAGCAGUGUUCAUGAUUUAUCUUAUCUAAGCUAUUUAGCAUUUUAUUUACUGCUGUGGGAUUCCCUCUUAAAUCCUUAGCUGCAGAGAUCAAGCUUUAUCAAUCUUUUCUCAUGUGUCAUCUACUUGUACUCAAAAUCAUUCUUUUUCCAUCUUUACACAUUCUCCAUUAUUGUAGCAUGACGAGCAGAUAUCCAAACAAUAUUCUGUAUGUGGUCUAACCAAUGUAGUCUUGGCAAUACUGAAUCAAACUCAUUCCUGGAGCAAAUUUUCUGCUAAAUGAAGUUUAUUCCUGAACUUACAGUUCACUUCUUUUUAUCAUCUUCUUACAACUUUUCUUUUUGCAUGUGUA